CAUACUAAUAAUAGCGAAAGCGAAAGUAGGCAUACAUUCUGUUGCCUGUCAAUGUUACGAUCUUUAGAGAUUCGCUCUGACCUUCGACAUCUUCUAAACGUCAACAGCCUGAAGGGUUUGCGCGGUAAGAUUAACGUUUUCCGUGUCUGUAGCCUAUGUUUUGUUUUUCUGAAUAAAUAUUCUUAAUUGUUGCCCGUUGAUAUUGGUUUAUAAUUGUGCGUUUACAGAUUAAACCACGAGUCCACGACGGUCACUGUCAAGCACUCGUGAUAAUAAAAUAAAAAAGAUAUUUUGAAAUGUUAUGCCAUUGGGCUUCAUGUUGGAAAUGUUACUGUGUUCGAAAAGCUUAGCCUGCCUACAGUUGAGUUGAGAAAAACUCGGAUUGUCUACAGGCGGUUGUUGUGAGUUGUUUGCCACUGACAAAACCAUUAUGGGUACUGUUAGGCUAUGCUUCACGAGGGGUAGAUUUGUGAGGUAUUAGUAAUGUUUCUUUGCUUAGGGCUAAUAGUACCCUUAAAAGACAUGGUGGACUUUCCCUUGUCGAACAAGCUAUAUGACCUCUUUAUCUAUUUGCGUAGUGAAAGUUAUGAGUCCUGCAAAUGCAUGUUAUGUUUCCUUUUGUGUUUUCAAACAUUUUGGCGCUUUCUCCAUGUCAAGUAUACCAAAUGGAAUUGUUUGUUCAUUUUUGUCCCUAAACCACAAACAAGUUAAGUGCUGAGUUCAUAAGCUGAAUUAUAGUUAUAGAACUUCCUUGUCCUUUACUUCCCCUUUAACACAUAUGGAAUCAUGUAGUAACCAAAAAAGUGUUAAACAAAUCAAAAUAUAUUUUAUAUUUGAGAUUCUUCAAAUAGCCACCCUUUGCCUUGAUGACAGCUUUGCACACUCUUGGCAUUCUCUCAACCAGCUUCAUGAGGUAGUCACCUGGAAUACAUUUCAAUUAACAGUUGUGCCUUGUUAAAAGUUAAUUUGUGGAAUUUAUUUCCUUCUUAAUGCAUUUGAGCCAGUCAGUUGUGUUGUGACAAGGUAGGGGUGGUAUACAGAAGAUAGCCCUAUUUGGUAAAAGACCAAGUCCAUAUUAUGGCAAGAACAGCUCAAAUAAGCAAAGAGGAAUGACAGUCUAUCAUUACUUUUAAGACUUGGAGGUCAGUCAAUCAGGAACAUUUCAAGAACAUUGAAAGUUUCUUCAAGUGCAGUCGCAAAAACCAUCAAGCGCUAUGAUGAAACUGGCUCUCAUGAGGACCACCACAGGAAAGGAAGACCCAGAGUUACCUCUGCUACAGAGUAUAAGUUCAUUAGAGUUACCAGCCUCAGAAAUUGCAGCCCAAAUAAAUGCUUCACAGAGUUCAAGUAACAGACACAUCUCAACAUCAACUGUUCAGAGGAGACUGUGUGAAUCAGGCCUUCAUGGUCGAAUUGCUGCAAAGAAACCACUACUAAAGGACACCAAUAAGAAGAAGAGACUUGCUUGGGCCAAGAAACACGAACAAUGGACAUUAGACCGGUGGAAAUCUGUCCUUUGGUCUGAUGAGUCCAAAUGUGAGAUUUUUGGUUCCAACUGCCGUGUCUUUGUGAGACGCAGAGUAGGAUGAUCCGCAUGUGUGGUUCCCACCGUGAAGCAUGGAGGAGGAGGUGUGAUGGUGUGUCCUGAACAUCUCUAAAACUAAGAGCAUUGUAUUUGGUACAAAUUAUUCCCUAUGUUGUAGACCUCAGCUGAAUCUGGUAAUGAAUGGUGUGGCUGUUUAACAAGUUGAGGAGACUAAAUUACUUGGCUUUACCUUAGACUGUAAACUAUCAUGGUCAAAACAUAUAGAUUCAAUGGUUGUAAAGAUGGGGAGAGGUCUGUCUGUAAUAAAGAGAUGCUCUGAUUUUUUGACACCACACUCCAAAAAGCAUGUUCUGCAGGCUCUAGUUUUGUCUAAUCUUGAUUAUUGUCCAGUCCUGUGGUCCAGUGCUACAAGGAAAGACCUAGUUAAGCUGCAGCUGGCCCAAAACAGAGCGGCACGUCUUGCUCUUCAUUGUAAUCAGAGGGCUGAUAUAAAUACUAUGCAUGCCAGUCUCUCUUGGCUAAGAGUUGAGGAGAGACUGACUGCAUCACUUCUUCUUUUUAUAAGAAACAUUCAUGUGUUGAAAAUCCCAAAUUGUUUGCAUAGUCAAUUUACACAUAGCUCUGACACACACACACUUACCCCACCAGACAUGCCACCAGGGGUCUUUUCACAGUCCCCAAAUCCAGAACAAAUUCAAGAAAGCGUACAUUAUUAUAUAGAGCCAUAAUUGCAUGGAACUCCGUUCCAUCUCAUAUUGCUCAAAUAAACAGCAAACCUGGUUUCAAAAAACAGAUAACACCUCACGGCACAACGCCUCUCCCCUAUUUGACCUAGAUAGUUUGUGUGUAUGUAUUGAUAUGUAGGCUACGUGUGCCUUUAAAAAAUAUAUGUAUGUAGUUCUUGUCUAUUAAUGUUUUGUGUGGACCCCAGGAAGAGUAGCUGCUGCUUUUGCAACAGCUAAUGGGGAUCCUAAUAAAAUACACACAAAAAUAAAUCCGGUUUGAUUAACCUUGUUUUCUUCGGUGUGUGAAUCUGGGCCAGCGAUAGGCUACUUUGUUUUUACAAAGGAGCCGGUACGCAAAUCCCCCAAAAUUAAAAGUGCCAGUAUGGUGUGCCGGACAGUUCCGGACAGUCAAGCACUGGUUAAGACAUAUUCAGCACUGGAUUAUAAUUAAUUUCUGUCUGGUUUCUGUUAGCAACUGUUUUAUGUUUAUUUUCGGAUGACAGUCCAGAGCCAUUGUGAGUGACAGGCAGUCUAUUAACCUACCUUACACAGUCUAUAGACUGACCUCAUACUGCUGUGAUAAGUGUUGUCAUUGUACAUUUCUGUCUUCCUACUCAGGAAUCCAAAGAUGACUUCAGCUACCAGCUUGCUGUUUUUUGCGAUCCAUUUUGCCUGUAUCAGAGCUGGAAAUUCCUUUGAGAGUAAGUUGUGCCAUGAAUGCCAUGAUAAUGGUUAUAAAAUGUUAUAUACAAAAAUAGUUUUCAGAUGAUUGUUACCUUUCUCUGUGGUUUGGGAGAACUGUGUAUUAUUUUUUAAACCAAAAGUUCAAUAAGAUUGGUCACAUGAUAAAACUGACUACAAUAACAGUAAUUCUCUCUUGUAUUAAUGUCAAUUUUUUUCUCUGAUAUUUUACUAACAGCAUUUGUCAAACUGGAGUGUAAAACAGAAUACCAUGGGGUUUAUGGUCAGCAGUCAAUUCUAGAGUGCGUUGUCAAACCAGUGGUUGAGGAUGUGACCAUCAUAACGGUGACCUGGAAGAGAGUGGGAGCUGCUGCUGCUAAUUUGUUGGAAUACCAUAAAGAUAAAAUGGACCCAACCCCUGGGUUUAAAUUUGCUGAGCCAUCCUGGAACAAGAAGAAUAUGAAUGUGUCCUUGUUGUUGACAAAUACCAAGAUGGCCGACAAUGGGGAGUAUGAAUGCGAGGUGGAAACAGAAGUUGGGACUGCCAAAGCUACACCCAGACUCAGUGUCACAGGUGAGUCAUAGACCGUCUGUUUUUUGCGAUCCAUUUAGCCUGUAUCAGAGCUGGAAAUUCCUUUGAGAGUAAGUUGUGCCAUGAAUGCCAUGAUAAUGGUUAUAAAAUGUUAUAUACAAAAAUAGUUUUCAGAUGAUUGUUACCUUUCUCUGUGGUUUGGGAGAACUGUGUAUUAUUUUUUAAACCAAAAGUUCAAUAAGAUUGGUCACAUGAUAAAACUGACUACAAUAACAGUAAUUCUCUCUUGUAUUAAUGUCAAUUUUUUUCUCUGAUAUUUUACUAACAGCAUUUGUCAAACUGGAGUGUAAAACAGAAUACCAUGGGGUUUAUGGUCAGCAGUCAAUUCUAGAGUGCGUUGUCAAACCAGUGGUUGAGGAUGUGACCAUCAUAACGGUGACCUGGAAGAGAGUGGGAGCUGCUGCUGCUAAUUUGUUGGAAUACCAUAAAGAUAAAAUGGACCCAACCCCUGGGUUUAAAUUUGCUGAGCCAUCCUGGAACAAGAAGAAUAUGAAUGUGUCCUUGUUGUUGACAAAUACCAAGAUGGCCGACAAUGGGGAGUAUGAAUGCGAGGUGGAAACAGAAGUUGGGACUGCCAAAGCUACACCCAGACUCAGUGUCACAGGUGAGUCAUAGACCGUCUACAGUGUCAUUUUAGGAAAAUAUACACAUUUUUCAACACCGGUUCAUGAAAGGAGCAAACUAAACAUGUGAGAUAUUCAGCCAAGCUUGGAGUGCAAUAGAAGAAUAGACAACUUCUUUUUUUUUUAUGUGUCUCGGCUCAUAGCUUAUGAUGCCCAUACGCUGAAAUCCUUUGGAAAGUUCUAUUCAACUUCCAUUGUUGUCACACACACACACACACACACAUGCACACAACCAUACAACCACGAAGUCUUGCAUCGAGGAUAGAAUUGUGAAAUACAGUAGAACAGACUUUUAUUUUCUGAGAAAGCACUUCCAUACAGUCAUGAUACAAAGUCGAUAAGGAUGUUUAUUCUGGAAUAUGUUCAGGGGGAGUUCAGAUCUAUUUGUAGGUGUGUGAUUGGACAGCACAGCAGGAGCGUUGUUUACUUUCUGUUUCAGAAUGACAUUGCUCAAAUGGUACACAGUAGUACAACGUCCACCACUAGCCUCCAUAAUGCCAUUCUGCCCAUGGCAUGCAAUCAGUGUUUACAAAUAAUGUACACAGACUCAAUUAGAACAUGUGAGUGAUAAAAGAAAGGUCAUUCCAGUUUAUUAAAAUCACUCCCACUGUAAUCUCAUUCCAAGUUAUAAUCGUUGGAUUGACGUUGAAAAGGUGCAAAGUCCGUCUAGACAAUGUUUACCCACUGACGUUGUAUAACUACUGAUGUACCAAAUAGCACCCACAUUUAUAAUAUAAUUUCCCCUUACUCUCGCUCUCUUCCAGCUAAGUACAAAACUCCAACCAUGAGCUCCAUCCCUGACACCAACAUCCAAGAGAACACAGAUGUGACCAUUUUCUGCAACUCUACAGGCGGGCACCAGAAAGGGUUGAUCUGGUGGUUUGAUCAGUCUGGCAACAAUUGGACGCGCAGUGCUGAACUGGUGGCCAAAGAGACUGACGAUGGACUGUUUAGCCUCGCCAGUAAAUUCACAGUGUUGAAGGCAACAUCCAGUUACACGAACUACAUGUGCAAAGUGCUCAAUGUCAAUGGAGCCCUGGAGGGGAAGGCAUCAUUUGAGAUCCAGUUUGUGUCCCGAGACUUAGGUAUGUUCUGCCAUGGCUGCUACCUAAUGGUAUGAAUAUGUUGGUGAUGUCAUCCUUUGUGAAAGCAGGGCCAAGUCCAAAACCUGCCAGUUUAUCUUAUUCCCUCAUCCUGACCCUGAUAAUUGUAAAACAAUUCAGCCUCAAUCUAGUCUACUUUUAUUAGCAUAGGUCUUUUUUACGACGUCUUUAUCAGAUUUCUGAACGCAAUAAAAAGUCAGCCUUAUAAUGAGAGAACAACAUGUCACUGAAGAGUGGAGUAGAUACAAAGAAUUAUAACACUGCCCUAGGUCAGGCCAUAACAUGCUCCCGAUUCUGACUGAACACCUUCCUUGAAACUCGAACAACAGGAAAAUGUUUGUCUUUGUUUGGAUAAGAAACAAUAGAGUGCAAUAGUAAUGGCGUCUUUUUGUAGGCACUAACUCCACCACGGUUCGUUGGACAAAGCCUAUUGAGAAAAUGAAUGGAGUUUUUGUAGUGUUUUUGGAUAAACUGCAAAAAUAAGGUCUGUGGUAAACAUAGGCUUAGGAGAUCUUAUACGUUUUGUUCUAUGAGAUAAUCUUCAUCAGUUAACGUAACCUUUUGUGAAUUUUGAAGCAUUUAUGUAAUAUUAUUUUAAAAAACUAAGAAAAUCCGGUGUUUCUAUGUCAAACGGUUUUGUUAUAUUCCAGUCUUCUAGAUUUGUUUUUACCAAUAAUCUCUCUGUGUGAUCCUGAUUUAGCCCACUGCAGUAAAAGGUUAUUAAGAUGCAUUUAGAUUAGAACAGAGCUCAAGUCUGUGUGUCUGAAAUGCCCUGAUACUGACUUUGACCCUAGCAUAGCUAACCUUUUUCUCUUGACUUCAUAUGAAUUGACCAUUUUAUUUUGUAACUCCCAAUUUUUGUCAAUUUUGUCUGUCCAGGUAGUAAAGCUGACAACUUGGAUUCUGUGUCCAACACCAAUUGGCUUGCCCCGGUUGUAGUCAUAGGAUCUCUGAUCAUUGGACUCCUUGCUGCGCUGCAGUUUUUUAAGAAGCGCUCCGCCCAACGUAAGUACAUGAAUUGUCAUACUCAUACAGUAGAGACUGUUGUGUGUGUAUAACUCCAUAAUAUCAUUACAUGGAGCUUUGAUCAUGUAUCUGAUCAUGUAUCUGUUUGUCAUGCUAGCUAGUGCUAGAUUAACCUGCACAGAGGCCCUUCCUCUGCCAAGCCUGCAUGCUCUGGCAGCCAUCCAUUUUGGCUUUGCAUGGGGGAUUACACAACCUGUAAUGUUGUCUGGUAACUCAGCCAAUCGUUUAGAGUAGUCAAAUCAGUGGCAUGUUGUGGCAUACUAUUAACCAUGAAUAACAGUAUAGUCAAUACUUAAUACAAUCCAUAAUACUAUUAUAAUAUACACUGAGUAUACCUAACAUUAGGAACACCUUCCUAUUAUUGAGUUGCAAACACCUUUUGCCCUCAGAACAGCCUCAAUUUGUCAGGGGAUGGACUCUACAAGGUGUUGAUAGAGUUCCACAGGGAUGCUGGCCCAUGUUGACUCCGAUGCUUCCCACAGUUGUGUCAAGUUGGCUGGUUGUCCUUUGGGUGGUGGACCAUUCUUGAUACACACGGGAAACUGUUGAGCGUGAAAAACCCAGUAGCUUUGCAGUUCUACAUUUGCGCCUGGUACCUACUACCAUACCCCAUUCAAAGGCACUUAAAUAUUUUGUUUUGCCCAUUCACCCUCUGAGUGGCACAUACACAAUCCAUGUCUCAAUUGUAUCAAGGCUUAAAUCUUGCUUUAACCUGUCUCCUCCCCUUCAUCUACACUGAUUGAAGUCGAUUUAAACAUCAAUAAGGGAUCAUAGCUUUCACCUGGAUUCACCUGGUCAGUCUAUGUCAUGGAAAGAGCAGGUGUCCUAAAUGAUUUGUAAACUCGGUGUAUAAUAUUAUAAUAAUACUAUUAUCUAUUAAUGGAUUAAGUUCUAACUGCACUAGUAGGCUAUCUAUUGUUCAUCAACAUCGCUUUUGGUUUAAUUAUUAUCUUUUUUAUUUAAUUUGUUUUAAGAUAAAUUGUAAUAGUAGGUUUUGUGUCUUUUUUGACAGGAGCUCGAAGGAAGUCCACCUUGCCAUUAAUGAGUAUGUCCUUCUAUAUUCAGUAUUUAUUGAAAUAUUGAAUAGUUUAUAUUUAUUUAUCACUUUGGGUUUAUGGUUUCCCAUCUUUUCUAGACAGUUCACAGAAUUCCCUGUAAAAGCAAUACAUAUACUUUAUAAUGACCAACAUCAUAUUUUGACUAUUUGAUCAAAAUUAUAACUCAACAAAUUAUUACAUUUUCCAAGGCAAAAGCAAUACUCCAUAAUGCAUUCACAUAGCCUGAGUGCCAGUCUGUUUGGGCUAUCACUCCUUGUCACUCAUCGUCAUGCGUAACAUCUUUGUCUUGACAAUGAGCUAUGGAGUUGGCAAGAGUAGUACAAUCAGCUAUUUGACCAGGCUAGCAUUCACAUGCUUUUGGUUUGUGAAACUAGCCACUCGUCCUUGGACAGUAAAACUGUGAAACAGUGGCCACUCACCCGGAACACAUGUCUGUCUGUUGUCACCCUUCCAAAUCUCCUCACUAACCACAUCCUCUCUCUGUCCCUCUUUACUGUAGCUUCAGAGGGAGAUACUUUGUUUGCAUUGGGCCCUUAUUCCUGAUAUGCUGUACACACAGUGUCUGUCCUAUCAGUCUAGGGCAGGUAUGGGGACCUCCAGGGGCAAACAUGGGCCUGGUUUCUGGUCCCAGUCCGUCCCUGUAUCUGUCCCUGUAUAAUAUCUGAUAUGCUGUACACACAGUAUCUGUCUUAGCUAUCCUAUUAAACAUGACUACUAGGGUGAUUGAAUGUAGGUCAAAGGGAAGUGUUUCAUCACAUGCGUCACAAGUGGAGUAUAAAAUGGAGGCUGGAUGAUUACUAAUUGUUUACCAAACCAGUUGGCGAUGAUGAUGGCUCCGCUUUUGUACUGUUCUCAUGGGGAAAUCGUAAUAAUUGACUCACCCCUGUCCUAAUUAAGGUAGUUUAGCUGCGUGGCUGUGGUGAAGGGAGAUUAUUUAUUUGGGUCAUACUAUUAUGUAAUCCUGGGUGAAAUAUGGGCCUACCUGCACUGUGAGGGAAGACUUGCUGUCUUGACUAACUUUUCUCUUUCUGCCCAACUGUUAAUUCCACUGAACUUUGGAGGAGGCAAUGGUCCUCUGGAGAUUUAAAUGUUAGAUGACAUUCCUCCACAAUAUGUCACAGAUCAGCUUCUCACUUGUCCUUGUCGGUUAUAGGUCACAGUGGCCAUCCAACAGGCAGACAUCAUGAUGAGACAUACAGACAUCACGAUCACUGACUUAGUCUUUUUCUUUUUUAGGUGGCCACCAAACAGAUACCAGGCAUGAUGCGAUGUUGAAGCAAAAGGUACUGUGUCCAUGUGUUCAAUCUACAAUUAAUAUAUCUAUAUUUAUAUUGUACAUCUAAAAUGAAUAUAUCUAUCUAAAGUAUAUUGUAUCUACAUCUACUGUAUUUAUAAUAGAGCUCUUUCUAUUCAGUAUCAUAGCUUCAUGGGGACAUGUUUUUUUAAAUGAUUGAUUAUCUUGUAGUUAACCUUGUAGUUAUCAUGUAGUUUACAUGCUGUCCUUGCUCCUUGUAAUGAUUAGUGGUGUCUCCUGUUUUUACUUUCUAUUUUGUAACAAUAUGCUCUUUCUCUCUCAUUCUCUCAUUCUCUCCAUCUUUCUCUCUCUCGCCUUCUCUGUCUGUCUGUCUCUGUCGGUCUCUUUUUCUUUCCCUCCCUCCCUCUCCCUCUCUCCAGGUCUAAACAGUGACAGUUCAUAGGAUCAGCAUUCCAGUCUCUAGUAACUGAUUAGUUAACUGGCAGUCUCUGGAAGGGACUGUUUCCUUGACGAUCAAUAAGGGGCUUGUCACCAUCACUAUCCUUUGAUGGACUGUUUCCUGUUAAGUGUCCGGUGACAGUCACUUUGGCACUCAGGUCAUUCUGAUUGAGGCAUUUGUUUCUUCUUAAUCUGCUGAUAAUACCAGCCUUUAAGCACUGUGGUUGAUGACUGUGGUUGAUGA